AUGAAGGUUACAAACCCAAUCAUCCCUGGGUUCGCUCCCGAUCCAACUGUUGUCGUCCACAAUGGCACUUACAUCCUCGUCAACUCUUCCUUCCACGUGUUCCCUGGGUUGCCCAUCUACACUUCCACAAACCUCCUAUCUCUUUCAAACGCCUUUACCAAAUUCAUCCCCCUGCCUCAUGGCAUCCCACUCAUCAUUACCGGCGGUCUCUUUGCACCAACGCUUCGUCAUUUCCGAAACAAGUUCUAUCUUGUGUGCACUUAUGUUUGGGAGAAACCCGAUGGGGAACACGAGUUUCAGAAUUUCCUGCUUAGCUGUCACGAAGACUCGAUAUUCUCAGAUAACGGCUGGUCAGAUGCGGUGCCAUUCGAGUUCCCCGGUAUCGAUCCAAGGUUAUUCUUCGAUGAGAUGUCCGGAAAAGCAUACCUUCACGGCUCUUACCGUACUGGGCCUCCAUGGGCGCCAGAUUGCUCGAUUCGCCAAUUUGAAAUCGAUGUUGAGACCGGCACAGCUCUGUCUGAUACCAAAUUUCUCUGGAAGGGUGCCGCCGGAAAGGACGAUGCCGAGGGGCCGCAUAUAUACUUCAAAGAUGGCUGGUACUACCUGUUGACCGCAGAACCUUCGACCUUUGAGGGUCACCAGAUUAACAUGGCGAGGUCCAAAGAUAUCUGGGGACCGUACGAUGGCUGUCCGAGAAACCCUUUAUUGACUGCGUUUGAGAAAGACGAAGCUGUCCGUUGGACUGGUCAUGGCGAUUUGUUCCAAGACACAAGGAAAAAUUGGUUUUGCGUCCAUUUCGGAAUACGACACGAUGACGACGAUGUUCAACGUCAUCCACUUGGCCGCGAGACAUUUCUCACCUCGGUAGACUGGCCUGAGGAUGGAUGGCCUACAAUUUCCCAGACUAAGCUGAGCUUAGAUAUUGGUCUGGAAGCACUACCGAGCCCGAUUGCAGGGAAGCAUGAAGGAUACAAGGGACUCAUUGAACGUGUUGAGGAUCUUUACAUCCGCACACCCAACCCUUCAAAUUACUCAUACUGUCCAGAGGAAAACAUCUACUCCUUGCGUGCUCAGAACUCAAAUCUAGCCAGUACUUCUGGUACAUCCACCUUCGUCGGCCGCAGGCAAAGAUCCCUCUCAGGAUCAGCUUCAACAACAAUGCACAUAGCUUCCGAUAGCGCCGCGGGACUCCCACUGGUAGGAUUGGCAGUGUACAAGGAUAGCCUGCGACAUGCAGUUAUCCAAAUCGAUCCGCUAAAACGCAAAAAGCCCGAGUCGGCCGUUUUGGGCUCAGCCGCCAUACCCGAGUCUACUGAUAUGGUUGAGCUCCGCAUCCAAUCCAAACCCGACAACUACGAACUCCUCUGGCGAGUCUCAAGUCUUGGAGAAAAGAAUGACUGGCAAAGUCUUGGGGGCGUAGACCCUGUGCUGCUUUCGGGCUACGACAUGACGGGGACUUUGUACGUGUUGGUAUCCCUAUCACAGGGAUGUUGGUUCGAACCGUAG